AUGUUUCCCCCGACAAGAGUGCAAGUAAUCUCACGAGUGUUCCUCAAGAUAUUCCACCAUAUUUUGGUGGCAUUUUCCCUGAGAUUCAGUAGACUGUCUCAAUUGAUCUUGUGGUUGCGGUUUCUGAGCUGGACAGCCUGGUUCACUUUAGUUUGGACGCAAAGUGUGAUUUAUGCCCAAUUACUUGAAUGCAAUAUGGACUGCAUACUGCGUCAUGUGCUCACAAUAUUCCAGACUUUUUCGCAUGCUUUCAUUGUGGUCAUCACAUUCCUGGAGGGGUUUAGAGCUCAUCGAGAACAGACGGAUGAGGUGGUUGUGUUCGAGGACUCUGAUCCCUGGAUGGCCUUAACUGCGUUGGCAAUGCUAGUGCCCAUUUUUGCAGUCGAGUAUUUGGUGUGUUCAAAUGCGCCCGGAUAUCCCCAUAGAGUCAGAUUCUAUCACCUAAGAAUGCUACCCAGUUUCCUGGCUCUGCAGAUGCAGAUUAUCUCCUUUAUCCUGGAAGUCAUGAAGGCGAACAUUAGGGUUCGUCAGACCAAGCAGCAGCUUAAGGUUUUGGCCAGGGAGCUAUCCAGUCGUUGGCCACAAUGUAAGCAGAGGCCAGAUUUCCUGGACCAACAGAUCCAUCGAAUUAGAGACCUAAAAAGGAGCUAUAAUGAGCUCCAUAACCUUUUCGAUCGAAUCAAUGGAUGUUUCGGUGGUAGCCUUCUAAUCAUCAUCAUGGUAUACUUUGCACUCUUUGUGUGCAAUUCGUAUUGGCUUUUUGUGGAUGUCAGAACAAGUCCGGAUAAGUUCUAUGCCAUUCUCCUCAACUUGGGUUUUAUUUUCAAUGUGGCCCUUCAGAUGUCGGCUGCCUGCUGGCAUUGCCAACAAAGUUAUAACCUAGGUCGUCAAAUCGGUUGUCUUAUAUCGAAGUUGGUUAAACCCCAGGGCAGCAAGCGUUAUAAUGAUUUAGUGAGCGAGUUUUCUCUGCAAACCCUACAUCAACGUUUUGUGGUCACCGCCAAGGAUUUCUUUAGUCUUAACCUCCAUCUGCUCAGUAGCAUGUUUGCAGCUGUGGUCACAUACCUUGUCAUUCUCAUACAGUUCAUGUUUGCUGAGAGGAGUUCGAGACCUAAUGCUGGAUAA